AUGGUGCAACGCCUGCCGCUGGCCAUCGUUCUGGCCGCCCUGGCGCUGCUGAGCAUCGCCUCGUCGGCGGCCCUCAUCGUAUCGCUCCUCCAUCCCAGCCAUGUGCACCAGCGCCUGCUCCCGGCACAGCGCCUCCAGCUCCUCCUCGCCUCGCUCGACAUUGCCAUCGUCUUUGCCUCGGCCGCCAGUCUCUGCGACGUCGUCUUUCGCCACUCACAGCCGCCUCCCUCGCCCUUUUCAGACGCCCCCACCACCUUCGCCCUCUGCCUCUGCCUGCUGCUGCGCCCCGCCAUCGUCUGUGCCUUUGCCACCAACAGCUUCGCCACCAUCUGGCUCGACAGGUCCGCCGCCUCGCGCCUCAAGCUCUUCCUUCCACCCAGCCUCGCCGCCGUCUUUGUCUCGGCCGCCUGCGCCCUCGUCACGGGCAUCUACGGUGACGGCGCCGCCUACGACUCGGGCAUGACCAUCGGACAGGCCGUCACGUCCGCCUGGACCAUCAGCUGCGUCGCGCUCCUCGCCAUCGUCACUACCCUCGCCAUCGGCGGCAUUAUUUGGGCCGUGUGGGCAUCCAGCCAGCAGCAAGGCGGCCACAACCGCAACAGCAACAGACUCCUCGGCUUUCCGCCCAGCCCUCGUCCGCACGAGCCAAGGGGAGCUAUCGCCGAGCACCGUGAGCUCGAACCCAUCCUCAUGCAGCCCGUGGCGGCCACGCGCACCGAGUUCGGCGUGAUCCCCCCCAAGGCGUCAGUGCACACCUUUGGCCACGGUCGACCCAUUGGCAGCCUCGACACCGGAAGGAGGAUCGACCAGGCCUUGCAGGGCACCCUGUGCCGGUCCGAGCAGACGGCUACCACCCUGGCCAACUGGGGCGGCGCCGGUGCGCCCGUCGCGACCACGCUGGCGAGCACCCUCGAUGCCUACGACUCCUAUUCUCGCCGCGAUGCGCAAGGCAGCGGCAUCGACGGCGAUGCUCACCGGGACCUCGAUCAAACGGCAGGCACCACCGCCGCCGCCGCCGCAGAUUUUUCAAUCCAGCACGCCUACGACCACGCCUUCGAUGGCACCUUUGCUUCGCCGGAGCCAUCCUUCAGCCGGGAGGCACCCGACUCGGACACCCGCGCCCCGUCCGGCAUCCUGCGUCCGACGAUCACUCCGCAAAUUGGCCGAACAACCGGAUCGGAUCGGAGUCGGCGACUCGCGGCACGCGCGUCGCGCUUAUCGACAUGCUCGCAUAGCGAAGCCCUUUUGAGGCGUGUCAGGUCGACCGGCUUCGUCCUCGUCGACUCGCACCGGCUACGACGCGAUGCGGCUGGACAGGGCUUUGACGAAUCAUCGGCGUCGGUGGCUUCGGCGGCAGCGGCAUCGGCACGUCGUGUCAGCGACAUCGAAAAGGGCGGGGUCGGGCAGGACCAGCCAUGCCUCUCUCCAAGCUCUGACAGCGCGCCGGCCACCACCCUCAGCCGCACCGAGGCGCUCAAGGCUCUCUCGAGGCUGACCGGCCUCAUCUUGAGCGUAUGGUUGCCCUUUGCCUUUUCGCUCCCCUUCUUGACCAACGGCUGGACCCACGACACGCGCCAGACGACCUCCGCCGCCACCGUCGUCCUUCUCUGUCUGGGCCUCACGCUGACCUCGCCGCUCAUGGUGCUGCAGAGGUUCGUGGCCUACCUUCUGGAAAAGCGCCGACUCCAUGCCAUGCGUGAGGGCUCUCGAAGCCGUCGUCGAGCACACACGCCGCCCCUCGAUCCAAGUCACGGCAGGGACUGGAGCAUCUCGACCAGUGGCCCCGUGGCGGGCGUCGGCUAUGGCGACUGCAACGGCUACGACCACGGCCUCCUCGAUCAAGCAUCUGCCGUGCAUCCGCGCUCAUCGCCUGCGGCGCCGUCUCCGCAGGCUGGGCCCAUCCGCUUCUCGAGCGCCGAUACUUUUGGAGCCGCCGUGCACCGGCCGUCGGCUGUCUUGAGCCAUCACACUGGCAGCGUCAGGUCGAGGUCCGGCGCCAAGCGCAGCAGCAGCGUCAAAAGCGUCGCCUACUCGGACCGCCACUGGGCCGGCAGGCGAGGCUCGGGCGACCGCGUCGAGCCGCGCAGCCCGUUCUGGCCCCACGCUAGGCGUCAGCGGGCAUCCGGCAGAGCCCGCCGGGACUAG